CAAUGGCUCAGUACGGUCGCUCUGAGUACUGGAAUGAGCGCUACACUCGUGACCCCGAGCCGUUCGACUGGUACCAGCGUUGGGCAGGCCUCAAAGAUGUCGUUCAAGAGUAUACGAAGCCUGGUGAUAAGAUCCUCAACGUUGGUGCUGGUAGCUCGAAGCUGAGUGAGGAGAUGUACGAAGAAGGAUAUCAGAAUAUAGUGAAUGUGGACAUUUCUGAUGUCGUUAUAAAGCAGAUGGAAGAGCGAUAUCAGGAUAAGCCUGGUAUGGUUUACCAGCAGGCCGACUGCAGGGCACUUGAGUUUCCUGAUGGCAUGUUUGAUGUCGUCAUCGAUAAGGGAACACUUGAUUCCUUGCUGUGUGGUGAAGGAUCCAGCCAGAAUGCACAGAAGAUGCUGAGCGAGAUUUCUCGGGUUCUGAAUCCAUCUAAAGGUGUCUACAUAUGCAUAUCUCAUGGUCAGCAGAGCUACCGUCUCAGCUACUUGCAGAAACCGGACUUUCAGUGGUCUGUCAAGGUUCACACUGUUGCCAAGCCCAUGAUGGGUAUGACUUCGGCUAUCGGUGGUGACGAGAAGGAUAAUGUUCACUAUAUAUAUGUUUGCGUUAAGGACAACGACAAGCCGAACGAGGUGGAGUGAUGGCUAUGAUGGUGACUAAUUCGUUCUUCGGCGAGCCGCUGUGAAUCCUGCCCAAGGCAUUACCAUUCAUAAGCCGCAGGAGAUG